UCGUGACAAAAUCACAUACAAAAAAAUCAAAAUGUUCAAAUUAUUCCUCCUCGCCUGCGUCUUGGCUGUGGCCGCUGCCAAGCCCGGCAUCGUGCCAGUGGCAUACACCGCGCCAGUAGCGGCGGCAUACACUGCGCCAGUAGCGGCCGCCUACACCGCGCCAGUAGCCUACUCCGCCUAUUCCGCCUACACCGCGCCGCUAGCCUACUCCGCCUACACCUACGCUUCACCCUAUUCUUACUACCUGCGCCGUUAA